CGGCAGGGCGGCGGCGGCGGCAGCGGCAGCGGCGGCGACAGCGACGAGCUCCUCGGCGGCAGGCCCGGCGCUGCGCGGCCGGCCCGGCCCCCGCUGCGGUGGCGACUAUAAACAUCUCAUAAAAGGAGAUGAUAAGAAGACUGUUAUAUGUAUCGAGGGGAACAUUGCAAGUGGAAAAACAACAUGUCUGGAUUAUUUUGCACAGACUACUAAUAUUGAGGUCUUGACAGAACCAGUGAAUAAAUGGAGGAACGUUCGUGGUCAUAAUAUCCUGGGCUUAAUGUACCAAGAUGCAUCCAGAUGGGGGAUAACAUUACAGACAUACAUACAGCUUACAAUGUUGGAGCAGCAUACUAGACCAAUGAUUUCCACGGUAAGAAUGAUGGAAAGAUCAAUUCACAGUGCAAAAUACAUUUUUGUAGAAAAUUUAUAUCGAAGCGGGAAAAUGCCAGAGGUGGAUUAUGUUGUCCUAAGUGAAUGGUUUGACUGGAUCCAGAACAACACUGAUGUUUCAGUUGAUUUAAUAGUUUACCUGCAGACUUCUCCUGAAGUUUGUUACGAGAGAUUAAAGAGAAGAUGUAGAGAAGAGGAAAAAAUCAUUCCUCUGGAGUAUUUAGAAGCUAUUCAUCAGCUCUAUGAGGAGUGGCUCAUUAAACAUACCUUAUUUAAAGUUUCCUGCCCAGUGCUUGUUAUUGGAGCUGACCAUGACAUGCAGAAAAUGAUAGAAAAGUACGAAGAAAACCGGGACCAAAUACUAAAUCCAUAUAAUAUGCAACACCAUUUAUAGAAGUCUGUGGUACUUGUAUUUUAAAACAAACAAGCAAUGUAUUUAUAAAGUCUUGUUGGGGGGCAAUUUUGAGUAUUUGCAGUACUUCUGAAUCUGUUUCUACUUUAGCAUUACGCUUUGUAGAAUGUUGUGGACUUCCCACUAUGAAAUGUUCAGAAACCGGUCACAAACAGAAUAUACUCCAAUUCCCUUGCAUGUUUUUAGGUUCUCCAUCUGCUUUUCUGUGUCAAUGCUGUUCUGUUGAAAUACAUCUCUUUCUCCCAUUUCCCACUUACUGCUGUUUCCUAUAUAUAACCUAAGUUUCUUCUUUUUUUCACCAUGACAAAGCUGUUUUUGUAAUUUGAAAAAAGUAGUUCCAUACAAAAGGUGGGAUGUCAUGUUUUAUUAGAAGAAGGAAAUGAACUGCAUCACGUUACAGUAGGUUUGUAAAACAGGUCAUGUCAAAAUAGGGUGUGUGGGUUUCUUACUUUAAUCCCACGUACACUAUUGAAUUUCACUGAACUUGGUUUCUUCUGCUUUACAUGAAAUCACAAUAUAGCUCUGAGGUAGCUAUGUAUUAGCAUAGUCACACUGAAUUCGGUGGCAAAAGAAUAACAUAGUUUUUAUGACUAUGACUGCAGAAUGGCUCUGAGGCCUUCUUUUUUUAAAGUCAGGUUUUUAAAAGGGCUUACUUCUCUGUUUUUCAUAAAAUCACCUUAUUAUGGCUCACGUGAGGACUAGUGAAAAUACAGUGUGCACAGAACUCUGUUGUUCCUUUCAAAUGGUGAUAUAAAUAGUAGAAUUAAUUGAUUUUUAACUUACCUGGGUUCUUAAAUGUUUGAUUUUUAAAAAAAUAAAAAUGCACGUAGUUCUUUCAGAUUACACCUUGAUCAGCUUAUUGUGGUUUACAGGUACUUGGACAGUAGAGGAAUGGGGGGCGUUAAUUCUCGUGGUUGUUACUGUAAGUGUUAAGUUGCUCUGCAUUUCCAUGUUACUCUCUUCAGUGUUGUCUUCAAGCUGAUGUUUUUAAUGGAGCAGUUAUGACUGUUUUUGCAUUGCUUUUUCGGUUUAAUUUUGUGGGGGAAUAAUUUCUGAAGUAUGGUAUAUCUUUCGUAACAGCUUUGAUUGGUUUAAUUUGCACAAGCGAGGUUAACAGUACUUUAAAACACACUUGGAUUAAUGUUGUUGAGCAUCUGUCAUGGCUUUGAAUUGAAUGCUCCUAAAAAUGGCUAAUCUCCAAGACUUUAGUUAGUACUUCCAUCGCUAAUUGCCUAAGUGUCUCUAACUUGUUGACAGUAAUUUUCAGUUACUUGACGUUUUUAUGUUUCACGUGAUCGUGAACAAUAUUUUAUUGUAUUACUAUUUGAGAUCACGUUUCAUUUUGUAGUUUUGUGGCAGCUGUACAUGAAAUGACUGCACCUUUUUCCAAAUCAGGAAAUGCAGUUCAUUUCUUCUUAUUUCCAUCUGGUGAGAUUUUUUUUCCCCCAAAUCAGUACAACUUAAUAAUGAUCAGUGCACUGAGCAUUUCUUAGCAAAGUACUAAAUUAGUAUGCUAAAGCUUGUGAACCCAGUUGCUGUUCUGUUGUUCUGUUUUAAAGCCUGAGAAUUCUAGCUUAAAAAUAAGAUUUUGCAUGUUAAAUUGUUAUCUUAUUGACGUUUAUUUGAAUAGGGGUAGUGGUCAUGCUUGAAACCUUCUGUAAAACUUUCAAAGUUUUUUUUUCUUCUAUAAGAAACAAAAAGAAAUAUUUCUAUAGAAAUAUUUCUGUAAGUUUCACUCAUUUGCAAUUUGAUUAUGGCUUGUAGAAGCUAAUGAUAAGUAUUUUGUACGCUAGCUUGGCAGUCUAGAAAAGAGCAUUUAAUUGUUUUGUAAAGAGAAUCCUGUGGUACAGGGAACAUUACCAUCAUCUUUCUGCAUUUCAAAACAAUUUGGUUUUGAACAGAUUUUUAUUUUUUUUUCAUGAUCAGAACAGGAGUUUGGACAGGAGUUACUGAUAUUCAUAAUUAUAAUAAAAGAUAUAGCAAACAACUUUAUAAUUUAUUAAAAAUUACAGAUUCAAUGACUA